AUGAGUAUGAUCAACAAGUUUACCGAUGGGAGCGGCGCACUCGUUAGCAUCGGCGGACAGUCUCCAGGCGGCGUUGGCCUGACGAUCAAGGAUUACUAUGUCGGAGGGGAGAAGAGCACAAAGGCGGGAGAAAUGAACAUCGACGCGGCGUAUUGGGGCCACUGGACCAUUGAGUAG